AUGUUCAAGUCAUUAGUUUUAGUCGCACAGACACUUUAUCUGGUUUCUGUGUUAGCAGGAGAUACUGCAACAAAACUUGUUGAAAAGACACUUCCUGCAAACGGGGGUGUUGCUUUCGUUGGUGAACAGCACAAACAAACUCCUUUUCCUCAAUGGUUAACAGAUUUUACUGGUAUGACACAAUGGCCAGGGCUAGAUCCUCCCUAUGUUCCUCUAAGUUUUAUUGAUAUGUCAAAAAUCCCAAACUACAAACAACAUCAACAAGGUGGAUGCAGAGUCAAUCCCUUAGAAGCAUGCUCUUUUGAUUGCCACAAUUGUGUUGAACCUGACGAUGUUCAUACAUGUGCUAAACUAUCUCAGACUUUUGACGAUGGACCAACACCAGCCACUUUACGUUUACUAGAUAAAUUGAAACACAAGACCACAUUUUUUGCUUUAGGAAUUAAUACGGUAAAUCAUCCAAACAUUUAUAGAGAAGUUAUGGAGAAUGGUCAUCUCAUCGGAACUCACACAUGGUCCCAUGCAUAUUUACCAAGCUUGACGAAUGAACAAAUUAUUGCGCAGAUAGAAUGGUCAAUUUGGGCAAUGAAUGCAACUGGUAACCAUUAUCCCAAAUGGUUCAGACCUCCUUACGGGGGUAUUGAUAAUAGGAUAAGAGCAAUUACAAGGCAAUUUGGACUGCAAGCUGUAUUGUGGGAUCAUGAUACUUUUGAUUGGAAAUUAGUGUCCAAUGACCCUAAAAGAACAGAGAAUCAGAUUUAUGACGAUGUAAGAGAAUGGAAGAAACACAAGCAGGGAUUGAUAUUAGAACACGAUGGAGCCCAUAAAACUGUCGAUGUUGCACUAAAUGUUAUAGACAUACUUGGAAAUGAUCAAUUGACUGUGUCACAAUGUGUCAAUGGUAUCGACUACAUCAAAAAAUAUAGCGAAUAA